AUGGAGCCUCCCACUUUUCCACACAGUCCAGAGGAUUGCAAAAUAUGCCAUUAAAAAAAAAAAAAAGGUUUUCUGGGAACUUGAUCUGUUUCGCCAUCUCGGUAAAACAAGAUCUCGAGAAGGGAAAAACACAGCUCAGAAGGGGACCAUUUUGCUCUGCAAGGCAGGUAGGAUCUGCUGAAAAAAGUGAGGGGAUUAGGGCCCAAGCAUUCAAAUGAGUUGCUAUAAUUAAAUGUUCUGGAGUGUAUGGGGUGUUAGGGGAGGGGGUAGUAUCUGUGGUGAGGGACGUGUCAUGCUCCUUCUUCUCCCCUUGCCUUUGGUCCCCACCCUGCACUCAGCUCUCACCUGUGGCUCACCUGUCAGCAUGUGACAGCAGCCACACCCCAGAACACUUUUGACUGGCAAGCUAAACCAGGUGAGGGCAGCCGAUGGCCCUCAAACCCUCAGUGAGUUAGGGACUUCCGCUGCAUGUGAACAGUGCCAGAUUUACAUAUACGCUAAACAAGCUAUAGCUUACAGCCCCACUCUCUUGGGGGCCCCCAAAAAAAUUAAAGGAAAAAAACAACUGGAUGUACAUUUCCAAAAUAUAAGAUAAAAAACAAAUAAAAUAAAACCCACAUACAGCGACAGUGUUUUGUGUUGUGUAGGCUCCUAUGAUGUAAGUCAUGGGCCCCGCCUGCUAGCCUGCUCCCUAAAAUAUCACUGGUUUGCUCAUUUCUAUAUAUAGGGUGCCUACAUUCUGCAUGAAGACGCGGGUGGUGCUGUGGUCUAAACCACUGAGCCUCUUGGGCCAAUCAGAAGUAUAAAAAAUAAUCAUUAUUUUCCAUCUUACUGUAGGUUUUGUUUCAUUUAAAAAAAUAAAAUUUUAUUUUAUGGUUUAUUGUUGUUUAUAUUUUGAAUGACAUGUAUAUGGGGACAGUUAGGGAGGUGAGGGCUGUCUGUGCACUGAGCGUGAGUUCCCAUUUGCUCUGCUGCACCAGCCUCCACUGGUGUUUAUCACUGAUCAAUCGAUCUCUCAAUCUAUGCUAUGGCCCCUGCUUCUCUACCUGGAGCUAUGACAGGAGAUGAGGAAAAACCCCAACUAUCUAAACUAUGUGUUCAACACAGAUGAAAAAGCUUGUGACCUCAUAAACAGCUUUCUAGAUUGUACUCAUUUGUUAUCCUGGCAGAAGACUAAAGCAGAAGACUAAAGAAUCAACUCAACCUCCCUGCUUUUUAACAUGUUCUACACUGAGCUUUUUGCAAUCGGCUUUGGUGAGCUGAGCCAUCCUUUCUGUGACACUUCCUCCUUCCUGCAAAGAGCUUUCAGCUCCUUCUCUUCCCAGAUAUUGGUGGCUCUUACAUGCUGCUCAAGCGACCUUUCGCUUUCUUUGUAGAAGCCGCAUUUUGUUAACAUUCCAUGAGCACCUCUUUCCCACUCAGAGGUUAGAACACUCAGGAAUGACAUCACAGAAGGCCAGCCAAUGCCUGCGGAGGAUCUGUGUUGAUAUUCAAGCUAGCCAAUCAAAGCAGUGGCCGCUCUACAGCUUUUACUGUACAGUGGUACCUCAGGUUAAGAACUUAAUUCGUUCUGGAGGUCUGUUUUUAACCUGAAACUGUUCUUAACCUAAGGUACCACUUUAGCUAAUGGGGCCUCCCGCUGCCGCCGCGCCACUGCUGCACAAUUUCUGUUCUCAUCCUGAAGCAAAGUUCUUAACCUGAGGUAUUAUUUCUGGGUUAGCGGAGUCUGUAACCUGAAGUGUCUGUAACCUGAAGUACCACUGUAUAUAGUUACACAAAAUCAUUUAGUUUUGUGUGCAAAUUGCCUUACAAUUUUUUUAAAGAAAUAAAUAAUAAUUCCCUUCUCCAUUCCUAAGUGCAGCGGACACCAUGGCUCAGACGACUGCCUGCUGGCUGCUGCUAUUCCUGAUGGUCCUGCCAGCGCUUACCCAGAGGGAAUCCCGUUAUGAGAAAUUCCGCCGGCAGCACAUCGACUUCCCAAAGACCAGAAGCGACUUGGAUGCCCGGCGCUAUUGCAACCUCAUGAUGCAGAGAAGGGGGAUGACCGACAGUGUUUGCAAACCUUCCAACACCUUCAUCCAUGGGGACCCCAUGGCCGUGGAUGCCACCUGCAGUGACGGGGGGACCUAUGCCAGCGAGAAUUACUAUGACAGCAACACACCCUUUGACCUCACAGCUUGCCGCAUUCUUGGGGGAGGCUCCCAAAGACCCCCCUGUAACUACAGAGGCAGGUCCACCUCCCAGCGCAUUCGGGUGGGCUGCACUAACGGGGUGCCAGUUCACUUCAAAAUGCCUCUUUAGAUGUCUCUGUUUACUUGUAUUGAAUCACAAUGCUUUAAAUCCCUUUUUAGAAUCGGGUAGAAUUUUUAAAAAAUCUAUUUCUGUUUGUGUAUCUCAACUGCAAUUUGCCUUUUCAAAUGCUGCCGUUUGCUUUCUCUGAGGCGCAGUCCCUCCAGUCUUUCCCUCCUGCUUUUGUAUUUUAAUAAAAUGCAUGCCAUCUAGUGGUCAUAAAGCAAUAUGAAUGCAUUUUCCUAUCCUUGCGUUUUAACACCCGCUAAAGAUUAAGGCUGAGAUCUGAGAACACCUGUGACUGAAUGGUCUUCUCUUGCAGUUUCAUGCAAUACAAUAUUCCUUUACAUAUGUAGAA